GGGGCUAAACGGCUCUUCUCUAGGGGGUAAACGGCUCUUCUCUAGGGGGUAAACGGCUCUUCUCUAGUGGGUAAACGGCUCUUCUCUAGGGGGUAAACGGCUCUUCUCUAGUGGGUAAACGGCUCUUCUCUAGGGGGUAAACGGCUCUUCUCUAGGGGGUAAACGGCUCUUCUCUAGGGGCUAAACGGCUCUUCUCUAGAGGGUAAACGGCUCUUCUCUAGGGGGUAAACGGCUCUUCUCAAGGGGGUAAACGGCUAUUCUCUAGGGGGUAAACGGCUCUUCUCUAGGGGCAAACGGCUCUUCUCAAGGGGGUAAACGGCUAUUCUCUAGGGGGUAAACGGCUCUUCUCUAGGGGCUAAACGGCUCUUCUCAAGGGGGUAAACGGCCCUUCUCUAGGGGGUAAACGGCUCUUCUCUAGGAACUCGAGGCUGCAGCGAUAUGUUUGCAGUGUUUGUGGCACAAAGCCAUAAACACUGCAAACAUAUCGCUAUGGUCAUAUUUUCGAUUGCUGUGUGUGUGUGUGUGUGUGCUCUUCUCUGAGUUCCUGGAGCAGAGCUCACUGAGUUCUGCUCAUGUUUCGGGGCGGAGGCAGCAGAUCAAACACAUUAAACUGUAAACUAUCAAAUAAAGUUGUUGACAUGCAUCAUUUAAAGAAAAGGAACGGAUGAAUGAAACAUAAGUAAAUGUUCUCGUAUGGUUCUACCUGAGGUUCCCUUGGUACUGAUCCAGUUCACCCAAAGGGAAGAAGACUGGAAGCCAAGAUCCAGCAGCCGCGCGCGCACACAGUCUGGACGUCCCACUCGUUACCGGAGCCUCUGGCGUCAGUGUGUUCCAGACUCCUGGUCACACGGUUCGGAACGCUUCCCUCGGGUUUACUCGCGUUAACUCGACAGCAGCAGCUUCCAACCGGGUUCUUCCUCCUCCCGCGCUGCGUCACCGGACGUGUUCCAACAUGUUUCCCUGGCGACACGCCUGCGGACUGAGGACCGGUUCCCUGCCGCGGACUCUCCGCCGCUUCCCACCGUGCACCGGAUCAAACCCAGAGCCGGGUAGUUAACGGAGCAGGCUGAAGAAAAGUAGUGCAGGAGAUCAGUGCGCGCACAGAAACGGGUUAUCGUGUCGGUGGUUCCGCGUUGACCAAGGAUCCGUCCGUGAUGAGGACCCGCGUCCUGCUGCUGCUGCUGCUGCUGCUGGCCGGCGGGCCGUCCGGAGCGCGCCGGGUAUGGAACAAGGCCCCCAGGACCCGGGCUUGCCUCGACCUGCCGGAGGAGGUCCUGGAGCAGAUGUUCGGGCGGCUCUCGGUGGGCGUGAUGAGCGCGUUCCACCACGCGCUGCAGCUGGAGCCGCAGGGCCACGUCAACCGGACGUGCCCGAGCGCGGCCCGCGGCGCGCCCGACGGCACCACGCGCCCCCCGGUCAACCUGCUCAGCAUCUCCCCCUGGGCCUACAGGAUGUCCUUCGACCCGGCCCGGUACCCGCGCUACAUCCCUGAGGCGUACUGCCUGUGCAGAGGCUGCCUGCUGGGCCCCCGCGGGGAGGAGAGCCGCCUCUACCGCAGCGCGCCGGUCUUCGCGCCCUCCGCCAUCCUGAGGAGAGCCGGCUCCUGCGCCGGCGGCCGCCACGCCUACACCGAGCUCUACGUCUCCAUCGCCGUGGGCUGCACCUGCCUGCCGCUGCCGAAGAAAGAGAGAGACGGCAACCGGAGUCUGGAGCCCAGAGGCCGGCGGCUCUGGGGCCCCGGGGCCCCGACAGGCUCGCUUUGAAGAUGUGGCCUUCUCAUCAACCUCUGGAGGACUGCUUCUUCACAGAUGCUCUGCUAUUUGACC